UUGUCUGCUCCAAUGUUUUCCACAGCGACGGGUUUCUGAGUAACUCCUUCCGCUCCGCGUCUCAGCCGGAUUCUCCGCCCAGCCGCGAAGCUAACAACACUUAUAAAAGACCACAUCACUUACUUCCUUCAUAGUUUACUCAGUUUUUACUUUAGAAACACAGUUGAAGAUGACGGACCGUUAUAACAUCCACAGUCAGCUGGAGCAUCUGCAGUCGAAGUACAUCGGCACGGGUCACGCAGACACCAGCAAAUGGGAAUGGCUGGUUAACCAACACAGAGACUCAUACUGCUCCUACAUGGGCCAUUUUGACCUUCUCAAUUACUUUGCCGUCGCUGAGAACGAGAGCAAGGCUCGGGUCCGCUUUAACCUGAUGGAGAAGAUGCUGCAGCCGUGUGGUCCGCCAGCUGACAAACCUGAAGAUGCUUAGGGUCUUUUUGACUGGAUGUUUUAUGUUCAUUCAGUGCUGGGAGAUCAAAUGUAGAGACCCCGGACUCAUGGGGGGUUGUGGGCGAUCUUUGAAUCCUCAUGACUGGUUCACAAACAAUGUUUUGUUCUUUUUUUAUGAUAUUUUGUAUAGGUUGUUGAACUACAAGUGUGUUUGAAGAAAAUAAAGUUGAUAUCCAAUCACAAA